AUGACUUGCGAAUGCCGAGGACUGAUCCUUGUGGAAGAGACACUCCAGACCGUGUGUUGGCCCAUGAACCGCUUCUACAACUCGAGUGAAAAAGACAGGCACGAAUUGGAAGGGCCGUUACGCCUCGAGGAAAAAGUGGAUGGGACCCAAGUCAACCUCUUUUAUUCGACUAAUCAUCACAGAUGGAUGGCCGCCACGCGACAUACCUUUUGUGAACAAGACAAGCUGUAUCAAGACCUGCUGCUAGCGUCCUUGGGCAACCAUGUCACCUCCCUGGACGAAAUUCCUGGGUUGGACCGAGACAUCACCUAUUGCCUUGAAGUUUGUUCCAUGGAGAACCGUGUUGUGCGAAAGUGCCCAAAACCGACAACUUUCCUGCUGGCGGCGUUUGACUUGAAAACUCAUCAUCAAUCAAUACCCGAUGAUCAGCUCGACAUCUUCACGGCCUUUGAACGACCCAUUGUCUACAACAAUCCGCGAGGUGAUGAAACAGACCCUCAGGCCAUUCUGACGACGUGUUGUCAGAAAGAGAGUCUCUUCGAGGGACUGGUGCUCAAAGAUUGUCACUUUCGUAGACAAAAACUCAAGUCUUCUCUCUAUUCCAAGAUCCACAAACUCAAAUAUCGAGGAUUUCGUCUCGUAACUCCCGACUUGGCGGUGCCUUUGAUUUUGAGCAACCAACACCACGCCAUCCUGGAAGCUCUACAAGACCUUCGUCCAGACGAGGUUGACGAAAUCAAGGCUCGAUUUGACAAGUACGAGGAGCUAAUCGACGGACAACUCCUUCGUCUGGGAAAUCUUUGGAAAACAAGAGUCUGCAGAGAAACGGACAGAAGAAAGCAGUAUGAGAUUUGUCGCGAUUCUGGCUUGGUUUGUGCCGACAUCUUGUUGAGGAAGUGGACACAGGACCAACUUUUCGAUGCCAAAGACAAACCCUGCGACCGCGUGUUGCGCGAAAUACUGUCGUCCGACCCACCCAAAUGGUGUGAUUAUCUGUUGAAGAAGAAGAAUCUGUUGGAUGCCAACAAUCCCCACUCGCGCUUUUUGUCUGCCUCUCACGGACCCCGCUAUUGCAUGCCCACCAAACCACCACCUGAACCAGGAGUAGCUCCCCACAUGCCGUCCCGACUUGCCGACGGUAGCUGGCACGUGGAAUGUCCGUGUGGCCAAGGCCCCAUGAAACUGCGACGCCUGAAAUGCGAUUCGAACCGUUAUCGUCUGUGUCAUUGCGGCGAACGGAUCGGCAUUCAUUGUUACCGCUCUGGUUUGUUGUUGUGGCAAUGCGAUGCCUGCGGAGCUGACCACGAGGCUCAUCAACGAGAUGGCCAAUGGACCGACAAGGUCUUCACAGCAGGACAGCCUCUGGGCGUUGCCGCCACGGCCGCCACCAAGCGUUGGCGACUCCACGUGCACGAAUAUCUCGAUGAGUGGAAACGACAAUCGAGCCACGACGAAGCGUAUCAGUUUUUGGCGGAUGGAUUGGGUCUUUCUCGUCACGACGCGCACGUGUCUUUGUUUGACGCUCGCGUGUGCUAUCGCGCCAUCCAAUUGCUGUCGUCGUCGUCGUCUCCCUCGACCGAAGAUACCGGUAAUCAAUAA